AUGAUGGGAGUUGUGCUGGUGGAAUUGGGCGGGAUCAAGUCUACAGCUGCGAUUUACAAAACUCUUUCUCCUGUAACAUCGUCCUCAGAAUUAAAGCUGGCUCCUACUCUCUUAUCCGUGUUCACCUCCCGACUGUCAAAAUCGCGGCCUCAGUCCCCACAACCGCCUGGAGCAUCCAUGGGCCAGCAGCCCUCAAAGAAGUCCAAGAAGGCCGGUAAAGACAAGGACAGAGAAUCCCCAGCAGACGGCGCUACGAGCGAAGCCCACCACGACCCCAACGACGACAACACUCCUCAAAGUUCGAUAUCGCGCGCAACAGCCCCCUCAACGGCUCAUAGUUCCGAUUCAAGUUCACUUCCGAACGGAAACCCCUCUAUCAAUGUUUCUGAUCCCGCAGGCUCUACAGUCCCCUCUUCAGCAACCAGUGCGAGGGCCCAUGGUUCACCGUAUCCACCGCAGGCCACAAUUCCCAGUAUCGAAACGGCACAGCUUUCGGAGUCUCUGCCGUCGCCACUACCGUCUCCAAUGACCGCAUCUUUGCCUUUAGAUAUCCCCGUCACCCAAACCAUUCUUUCCAAUGGCAAUGCCCUUAGCCCGAGCUCAAUGACUAGUAAUGGCAAUGCUCCGACCAGCGAAUCUGUGGGAAAUGGCGGUGCCAAGGACAGGUUGAAGCAAUUCGAUGUCGAUGAUAUGAUUCAACGACUCCUCGAUGUCGGCUACACAGGCAAAGUUAGUAAGUCGCUCUGCCUCAAGAACACGGAAAUUACGGCGAUAUGUCUUGCUGCGCGAGAUGUGUUCCUCAGCCAACCAACACUGGUCGAACUAUCGCCUCCCGUCAAAAUUGUCGGUGACGUGCACGGUCAAUACUCAGACCUCAUUCGUUUGUUUGAGAUGUGUGGCUUCCCUCCCGCCGCCAACUACCUUUUCUUAGGCGACUAUGUUGAUCGCGGAAAACAGAGCCUCGAAACCAUUUUGCUCCUCCUAUGUUAUAAGAUCAAGUAUCCCGAAAACUUCUUCCUCCUCCGGGGUAAUCAUGAGUGUGCUAAUGUCACACGAGUUUAUGGUUUCUACGACGAGUGCAAACGGCGGUGUAAUAUCAAGACAUGGAAAACGUUUAUAGACGUUUUCAAUUGUCUCCCUAUUGCUGCUAUUGUCGCAUCCAAGAUAUUUUGUGUUCAUGGCGGUCUCUCGCCUUCUCUACAUUCUAUGGAAGAUAUCAAGCGCAUCCAACGACCGACUGACGUGCCAGAUUACGGGCUCCUCAAUGAUCUACUUUGGUCGGAUCCUUCUGAUACGGCAUUGGACUGGGAAGACAAUGAAAGAGGCGUUAGUUAUUGCUUUGGCAAAGCUAUCAUUAAUGAGUUUUUGGUGCGGUAUGACAUGGAUCUCAUAUGUCGAGCCCAUAUGGUUGUAGAAGAUGGGUACGAGUUUUGGAACGACCGUACUUUAGUGACAGUAUUCAGUGCACCCAACUACUGUGGUGAAUUUGACAAUUACGGUGCUUGUAUGAGUGUUUCCGAGGAUCUGCUCUGUGCUUUCGAGCUUCUCAAGCCUUUAGAUGGUGCCGCACUGAGGAAGGAAAUGACCAAAGCCAAGCGGAAAAGCGUAAUGACCACUGCCUGA